AUGAUACAUUUCCUUGACUCCUUUUUGAAAUCACUUUUUAAUUUUGGCUCGGCGAACAUGAAAUAUUCCGCUAUUACUUUCUUGGCGGUUUCGCUGUUGUGUGUCGGCCGCGGUGGGCACGCAGAGAGCGGUUCUGCAGCGGACAAGGCUGACCGGGUCAGCUGCCUUAAUGAGUUCAACGACGUGCGAGUACGCGCUGGCCUUGACCCGUUUACUGCGGAGACAGAUGAGCAAAAGGAGCUGCCCCUCACCAACGCAGAGUAUAUCAAAACGGUUUGUAGCACUAUGAGGGAGGGACGGACCUUUACUCCCGAGGACGUUGUCUAUAGGAGAGAAGGCACGUAUGCUUACUCUAGCCAGAGUGGGGAAUCUGGCGACUGCUCUAUUGCAGUUAAGUACUGGACUGGGGCGUGGGUAAACUUCGGUGAUCUUCCAGCCAUGUACACCAGCGAUAAAGGAGGUAUCUACGCGAGAUCUCGUAACAGGUCAUUUGUGGCGCUUUUCAACCCUAAUGAGGGAGCGACCAUGGACUGUGCUUUCUUCGUCUGCCCUCCACCCACGUCAACUACGACUUCCACCCCGGUGACAGAUGGGGAUCACGGAUCGUACUUUCGAAAACUCAGUUCGGCAGGACAAGUGCCACAAGCAAAAGGGGAGAAGGCCGAAAAAUCCGAAUCUAUCACAGGCUCGGAAACACCAAAAACGGCGGCUGAUCAAGCAGGCCAACCCUCAAAAGAACCAGCUAGAGAAGACAUUGAGCACCAGCGCGAAUCGGAAGAGACCGAUGAAGAGCUUAACGCUGUUCAGCCCGCAGGCGUCUUGGGGAGACGUUUGUCCACAGAAUCUGGAGAUACUCUUAAGGCCCUUGUCUGUUUGACUCAUCCAGCUGCUCUCGUCGUGGGCAAGCGACCCUUCUCGUAG